AUGACCGACCUACCCUGUGACGGAGUCGCCCGCUAUGCUUAUAUUGGUUCCAGCAUCGACCCAAACUCCGUGUCCAUGCACGCAGGAGAUCCGUUGACCGUGCUGGAGAAAAGCCAUGAUGGAACCUGGAUGCUCAUUGCCCUUGAGAACGGCAAGCACGGCUGGGUUCCGACGAUUUGCUUGGCUCUUGAACCUCGACGCGAGCAGCGCGCGGAGUCACCCAAGAGCAUGGAAUCGCCGAAGCGUGUGGAAUCGCCCAAGCGCGUGGAGUCGACCAAGUCUGUGCCCACGACUCCGGCGCCUACCUGCGAGCCCACA